AUGUCUGAAGAGUUAUAAAACAAACUUUUUAAAAACAUUUACAAAGGAUAGAAUGCAAGAAAAUAUUAAGAAAAUAGAAAUAAGACAAAUUUAGGAGAUAUCAAAAUGAUCUAUAUAGUUAAGAAUUAUAGUGGAUCCAAUUUUAAGUAAAAAAGAAACAUAGUAAAAAAUAAAAAAAGGAAAAUAUAUCAAACAAACCUGAUUAUUCAUCUAAUAUAGAGAAAGCUAUAAAGAAAGUUAAAUAGAAAGAAUCUUCUAAUGAUUAUAAACCAUCUGAUUUUUUAAUGA